AGCAACAUGGCAAAGCAAAUAAUGUCAUCUUUAAACGUCUUAUUUUUCUCUCUAGCUCUACUAAUCAUCACAUUCUCCCUCAUAACAAAUUUCGCUUCCGCUUCUUUGGAGGAAGGCAAUGCUCUUAUUAAAUGGAAAUCAAGCCUUGAAAUCCCAAUCAACUCCGUGCUCUCUUCAUGGAUUCCACUCCCUUUGAAUUCCAGUGCAUCACAUCCAUGCUCUUCUUGGUUUGGAAUAGUUUGCAAUUCUAAUUACAGGAUUCACAGGUUGAACCUCAGUUCAUCCGGCAUAAAAGGUACACUCCACCAAUUUCCGUUCUCUUUGCUACACAAACUUACGCAUUUUGAUCUCGGUAUGAACAACUUCUUUGGCCCCAUCCCACCAGAAAUCGGACUCCUGUCCAAACUUGUCCAUCUUGAUUUUUCAGAGAACAAAUUUUCUAGGGUAAUCCCACCUGAAAUAGGAAACCUGCACCAGCUAACCAUCUUGUACCUAUACUCAAACAAUAUAUCUGGAUCAAUUCCUUCAUCAUUGGGUGAUUUGACAUCUUUGAAUGUCCUUUAUUUGCACCAUAAUCAACUCUCUGGUCCAAUUCCUAAUGAACUUGGGAAUUUAAAAUCUGUCACUAAUCUUGCUGUGAGCUACAAUGAACUUACUAGUUCUAUUCCUUCAUCACUAGCAAACCUGAGCAACUUACGGGAACUGUACCUAGGUGGGAAUAGAUUAUCUGGUCCGAUUCCUAGUGAACUUGGGAAUUUGAAGUCACUCAUUAAUCUUGAGGUAGGUGAGAAUCGGCUUAGUGGUUCCAUUCCUUCAUCAUUGGGUGAUUUGACAUCUUUGAGUGUCCUUUAUUUGGGCCAAAAUCAACUCUCCGGUCUCAUUCCUAUUGAACUUGGGAAUUUGAAGUCUCUUACUAAUCUUAGUUUGGGUGAAAACCAACUUAGUGGUUCUAUUCCUUUAUCGCUAGCAAAUCUGAGUAACCUACAACGUUUGUCCCUAAAUGAGAAUAAGUUAUCUGGUCUCAUUCCUACAGAACUUGGGAAUUUAAAGUCUCUCACUAAUCUUGAGCUGAUUAGUAAUCAAUUUAGCGGUUCAAUUCCCUCAUCAUUGGGUGAUUUGACAUCUUUGCAUGCCCUUUAUUUGGGCAAAAAUCAACUCUCUGGUACCAUUCCUACUGAGCUUGGGAAUUUAAAAUCUCUCACGGAUCUUGUGGUGGCCUACAAUCAACUUAGUGGUUCUAUUCCUUCAUCAUUAUCAAACCUCAGCAACCUAGAGACUCUGUACCUCCAAGUGAAUAAUUUAUCUGGUCCCAUUCCUAUUGAACUUGGGAGUUUGGAGUCUCUUACUGAUCUUGAGGUGAGUAACAAUCAACUUAAUGGUUAUAUUCCUUCAUCUCUAGGAAACCUGGGUAACUUACAAUGGCUGAUCCUCAAGGAUAAUAAUUUUUCUGGUCCUAUUCCUACUGAACUUGGGAAUUUGAAGUCUCUCACGCAUCUUGCGGUGAGCGGAAAUCAACUUAGUGGUUCUAUCCCUUCAUCAUUUGGUAAUUUGACAUCUUUAAAUGGUCUUUAUAUGUACCAUAAUCAGCUCAACGGUCCCAUUCCUAUUCAACUUACGAAUUUGAAGUCUCUCAGUGAUCUUAGGAUGAGCAACAAUCAACUUAGUGGUUCCAUUCCUCCGGAGUUUGGAAAUUCCACUCAACUACAAAGACUUGAUUUGUCUUCGAAUCAUUUGGUUGGUGAGAUCCCAAAGGACUUUGGGAAGAUGAAAAGUAUGUUGUAUUUGUACUUGUCUGAUAACCAACUUUCAGGCAUUAUACCUCUGGAGCUUCAAUUCUACGAACACCUUGAAGAACUUGAUCUCUCUGGAAAUAGAUUGACUGGGUCGAUACCUAAAAGUAUUGGUCAUUGGUCACACAUCCACCACUUGAAUCUUAGUAAUAACCAGCUUUUUGAGAAAAUUCCAUCUGAGAUUGGUAAAUUAGUUCAACUUACAGAACUUGAUUUAUCUCGGAAUUUGCUUACAGAAGAGAUACCAUCUGAAGUUCAAGGUUUGCAAAGUUUGCAAAAGCUGGAUCUUUCUCACAAUAGACUAUCUGGCUCUAUUCCUGAUGCUUUUACAAGUUUGCCUCGUGGAAUUGAUAUCAACCUUUCUUACAAUGAGCUUUCAGGUCCGGUUCCCCGAAGCCCCAACUUUGUGAAUGCGUCCAUACAAGGCAAUCCAGGUUUGUGUGGAAAUUUUACAGGACUAAAACUUUGUGCAAAUCAAAUUAUGAAGAAGAAAAAAGAUCACUUUCAUCAUUGACUCAUCCUUGUAAUACUCUGGCCUCUUAUCGCGGUAGUUUUACUUGGUAUAUUCACAUAUGGCCUCAUUGCUUAUCGAAAACAAAAGAGACAUUCUCCACAGAAACCAUUGGACAAAGAAGGUGGUGAUUAUUUCUCCAUAACAAGUUUUGAUGGAGGAGUAGUGUACGAUGAAAUCUUGAAAGCAACGAAUAAUUUUGAUGAAGCAUACUCUAUUGGGACCGGAGGAUAUGGAACUGUGUACAAAGCCCAGCUACAACCUAACAAUGUGGUAGCCGUCAAGAAACUUCACUCGUCAUUUGAGAAUGUUGAUCAUAAUGGAUUCCUUAAUGAGGUAUGAGCACUAACGAACAUAAGGCAUCGAAACAUAGUGAAACUCUAUGGAUAUUGCUCACAUGUCCGCCACUCCUUUUUGAUUUACGAACACCUUGAAAAGGGAAGCCUUGGAUCAAUUUUAAGAAACGAUAUCUUAGCAAGAGAAUUGGAUUGGUUGAAAAGGGUAAAUAUUGUAACAAGUGUAGCUAAUGGUUUAGCUUAUAUGCAUCACGACUGCUCACCUCCUAUAAUUCAUAGAGACAUUUCCAUUUCCAACAUCCUUCUUGAUUCUGAUUAUGAGGCACAUAUUUCUGAUUUUGGCACAUCCAAACUUUUAAAGCUAGACUCAUCCAACUGGACCGCAACUGUAGGAACAUAUGGUUAUAUCGCGCCAGAGCUUGCUUAUACGAUGGUGGCAACUGAGAAAUGUGAUGUGUAUAGCUUUGGGAUUGUUGCACUAGAAGUGAUGAUGGGAAAGCAUCCUGGUGAACUACCAACAUUGUCUGUUGAUUAUCUGGUGUUAGCAAAUGUUGGAGAUAGUCGGAUUCCACUUCCUUCACCACAAGUUGAAAAACAGGUUAAUUUGGUACUGAAUCUCUCGAGAGCAUGUUUGAACUCAAAUCCACAAGAAAGGCCAACAAUGCGCCAAGUUUCAAAUCUGUUGAUGAAGGCUUGAUAUUGGUGUACUUUCAAUGUUAUUUGCUUUUAUAAUGUUCCUUAUAUGCACCCUCAUAAUAUGUAUUUAGUUGAAUGCCUUUUUGUUAUAAUACUUCUCAUAUGUUUUCUUAAA